CCGAACCGACACCGGAGCGCAAACGCUGCGGUUUCUCRGGAGGUUUCAGAAACAUCAGGAGUUUGUCAGACGUUCAGGUCACACAGAUAGCCUGCGGGUACCGGCACUCCCUCGCACUUUCAAAAGGCGGUCAGAUCUUCUCCUGGGGCCAGAACCGAUACGGUCAGCUGGGUCUGGGCUUAAGUGGACAGAGCAUCCCCACGCCUCAGAUGGUCCAGUCUCUGCAGGGAAUCCCCUUCGCUCAGGUCUCGGCGGGCGGGGCUCACAGCUUCGCCCUCACCCUCUCGGGCGCCGUCUUCGGCUGGGGCUGCAACAAAUUCGGCCAGCUGGGUCUCAACGACACCAACAAUCGGCAGCACCCAGUCCUCCUGAAGUCUCUGAGAUCACAGAGAGUGAUUUAUAUCUCCUGUGGAGAAGAUCACACAGCUGCUCUCACCAAGGAAGGAGGGGUGUUCACGUUUGGAGCAGGAGGGUACGGACAGCUGGGCCACAACUCCACAAACCAUGAAAUCAACCCCAGGAAGGUGUUCGAGCUCAUGGGGAACGUGGUCACGCAGCUCGCCUGCGGGAGGCAGCACACGCUGGCCUUCACACCCGCCUGUGGGAAGAUGGACUCAUUCGGACUCGGCGGUAACGGACAGCUGGGCACGCGCUCCACCAGCAACAGGAAGAGCCCCGCCCCCGUUAAAGGCCCCUGGGUCGCCGCCACAAAGGAAAACGAUCAGGAGCAGAACUGUUUUGUCAAAAGGAUUUAUGCAGGAGGAGAUCAGAGCUUUGGUCAUUAUUGCGAGAACCGUCAGGAUGCAGAGGAGAGCAAACAGGAUCCUCGGAGGAAAAUUUGCUUCCUGAGCGAGGAAAUUGUGCAGAAAUGGCUGAAUUACUCAGCAGGAAGACUUCCUCUGGAAAUCUCCAAUGAAAUCAACCUGCUGUUCUCCUCAGCGAGCUGCCUCAACGCAUCUUUUCUGUCCACCAGUAAUCCAGACCACUUCAGUACCAGUGGUAAAUGUUCAGGGGUGGACAUGAACUCUGCUCGGCUGCUCUUCCACAGACUGAUUCAGCCAGACAAACCGGAGGUCUCUCAGCAGGUCGCUGCCAGUCUGGAGAAACACCUGAUCCCCAGGUUGAGUAAUGCCCCCCCGGACAUCGAAGCCCUGAGACUCUACGUCACGCUCCCAGAAUGCCCUCUGUUCAGCGACCGCAGCAAUUACAUCACCAUCACCAUUCCCUUCGCCAAGUGCGUGGUGGGCCUGACGGAGGCGGCGCUGAAGGUGUUGGGAAACUGGUGGUCCACCUUCGAGCCCCAAGUCUUCCAAAGGUUGGUGGAUCUGUACAAAGACGUGGUGGUCUAUCUGCUCCAGAUGCACAAGGUGGGCAUCCCGCCGACGGAGCAGAGGAUCUUCUCCUGCUUCCUGGACACGUCCCUUUGCUUCCUGGAGGUCCUGCACAAGGUGAACGAGAAAGCAGGAAACAUCAUCCAGUACGACAAGUUCUACAUCCACCAGCUGGACGACUUGGUGGACAUAAAGAACGACUACGUGACGUGGAUCCAGAGGCAGAUGUACCCCAUGGGUCGGGACGGCGUCGUGACUCUGUGCAGGUACCCCUUUGUGUUUGAUGCCCUGGCCAAAACUGCUCUGCUGCAGACGGACGCCGUCAUACAGAUGCAGAUGGCAGUGGACCAGGCGCAGAUGCAGAACUUCAGCUCCAUGUUUCUGCCAGCUGUUGAGUCAGUCAACCCGUGUCUGAUCCUCAUCGUUCGGAGGGAAAACAUAGUGGGAGACACCAUGGAGGUCCUCAGGAAAUCAAAGAAUGUCGACUACAAGAAACCCCUCAAGGUGAUCUUUGUGGGAGAAGACGCCGUUGAUGCAGGAGGCGUGAGAAAAGAGUUCUUCCUCCUGAUCAUGAAGGAGCUGCUUGAUCCCAAAUAUGGGAUGUUUCGUUACUACGAGGAGUCCAGGCUCAUCUGGUUUUCACACAAGACGUUCGAGGACUUCGACUUGUUUAACCUGAUCGGGGUCAUCUGUGGACUGGCCAUCUACAACCUUACUAUCGUGGAGCUCAACUUCCCCCUGGCCCUCUACAAGAAGCUCCUGAAGAUGAAACCAACGCUGGAUGACCUGAAGGAGCUGAUGCCAGACGUGGGCAGGAGUCUGCAGGAGUUACUGGACUACCCAGAAGAUGACAUCGAGGAAACGUUCUGCUUGAAUUUUACUAUCACGGAGGACCACUACGGUGCCACAGAGGUCCUGGAGCUGGUACCGAACGGCAACAACAUCGACGUCAAUAAAUCCAACAGGCAGGAGUUCGUCAGCGCCUACGUCAACUAUGUCUUUAACUCGUCUGUGGCUCUGCUGUUCGAGGGCUUCUACUCAGGCUUCCACAAAGUGUGUGGAGGGAAGGUUUUAGAUCUGUUCCAGCCGAGCGAGCUACAGGCCAUGAUCAUCGGCAACACCAACUACGACUGGACAGAGCUUGAAAAGGGAACCGAGUAUAAAGGAGUGUACUGGGCGGAUCAUCCAACCAUAAAGCUCUUCUGGGAGGUGUUCCACGAUCUCCCCCUGGAGAAGAAGAAACAGUUUCUCUUGUUCCUCACAGGAAGCGACCGCAUCCCGAUCCUGGGCAUGAAGAGUCUGAAGCUGGUGAUCCAGCCCACGGGCGGAGGCGAGGACUACCUGCCCGUCGCCCACACCUGCUUCAACCUGCUCGACCUCCCCAAGUACACGAGCAAGGAGACGCUCCGCGAGAAACUUUUACAAGCGAUAGAUCACAAUCAAGGCUUUAACCUGGCCUGACGGAGGACCACAUUCAAACGUUUCUACGAACUGAACAUAGACCCGUUUUUUUUUUUUCCUGCUAUUCAAGCUGCAGUAAACUACUGAUAAACACCAGUAAUAACACGAUCCUUCCAAGCUUAGAGUCAAUAUUUGUCCAGAUGUUUCUGCUGGAUGAUGAUUUAAUGUCUGUAAAAAAAAGGAUGAAAUGUCUGCAGCACCGGUGCUACAGUUCUGAUCAAACACCUUCAUUAAGUGUUGAAAUCCACACAAUGUGAACUGGUUUGUUUCAGGGGAGUUGGGUUGUGACGGUUUGGAUUCUGCUGGCUGUAAGCCUUAAACAAUUCAAAAAAUAUCAAAUAAAAUACGGCCACUGAAACUGA